ACUAGUGGAAAGGAACAACAGGCUCUUCCUACCAUAAUGCAAAUAAUUAAAUUUCAGACUGAGGAAGGUUGCCUCUCGACUUUCCUACGCUGUCACUACUAUUAUUAAUACUUCACUUCUAUAUCUUACUCCUACAAGGCUGUUCACGGCUUUUAACAUUCUACUUAUAUUUAUCUGGAACGCUCUGGGUUACUUCAGGAUUGCCCUGAUCCGGGGUAGCACGUGACCCGUAUAUCUACUUUUAUCCAGUUAUAUGUUAUCUUCGAUCCCGUCUAUACAAGCAACCUAUUGUUUAAUUCUUGUAGAGUAUCCGUUAAUUCUUGAACUAAAUUAGAAGCAAUAACUUUUUAUAAAUUUUCAUCCUAUGGUUGUUAGAUUAAUUCUUUACAGAAAAGUCCACUUGGUCGAAGAAAUUAAAAUCAUCAAUGGAAUGCUUUCGAUGGGACUUAUUAAAAUUUAAUGACAUGAGAAAUGGUCAGAUGCAAAGGCUAUUGUUCACACUGAAAAUCAGAAUCAAGAGGAAUUAUUCUACCUGGAGAUUUCUGUUCCCCAGACGGACCAUUUCCAUGCAAUUGGUGAAUUUCUUAACCUCUAGGUCUUUUAAACACCCUAAAAUAGUUGAUAUCUUUUUAUCGGUUAAUUAUCCUUCUGCAAUAGAUAAUAGAAACGAUUGGGUUGAACCUACUGUUUGUGAACCUUCUAUUCUUAUAUAUCUGCUGAGAUGAAAAAGUAGAUAUCGAAUCAGAUAUAUAUUUAAAGGAUCCUCAGAGACUAUCAGUG